ACCCGACUUAUAUCGAUAAACUCUCAUCAAUCAGUGCAGUUGUCUUUGACGAGUUUAACGAAUCGACAACUUGACAUGAUAUCUAAUGUGCAUGGUGCAUGUACAAUUGAUUUACUUAAAAAUAUAUAACAAUAAUUCAGUGAGUCCCAUAAAAAUAUUACACUACCUUGUACGAGUAUUAGGUACCUAUAUUUGUAAGAGUAACAAGUCUUGUAAGGAACUCACUUGUUCAGUAAUGGGAUAGCCAACGAUUUCACGAAGUCCCUAAUUGACACCAGAUAUGGUUGUAGUUGAUAAAGAUGUGUUCCAAUCACUCGGCAAGCUCAAGCCAGUCGAACACUCAGGCAAACCAGUUACAAGUACGUUUUCCAAUUAUUCAGAUUUUACGAAUCCCUGCUACUCGGCUUUGCAGAGCUUUCGACUCGCCUUUGAGCCAGACCUCCCCUUUACUGGGCUUGUUCAAUCGCUCAUGAAACAGCUUUCUUUCGUCCGCAUUUUAAUGGCUAUUCAUAUAGUGUGAUAAAUAUGGUAAUAGCAGGUGUCGAUACCACGUUGAAUGGCGGUAUGGGCGCUGUUUGCUGCGUAGUAGCGCAACGUAACACCUCUUUAUAAUAUGUUAAUAACUAACGCAUUCCGACAUAAUAACCUACUAUAUAUAUCCUCAAACCCGGAUUAAUAAUAAUUUUUUGGCACAAAAUGUUAUCGCAGACUGUACUUUGCUUUCCACAGGCAACUAAUACUCAUUGAGACAAUUCUAACAACCCUAAACACAAUUAGUUUGCGUUGUUUUAUCCCAGAGUUUCCAUGGCCACCUCCUGUCUCCAUCAUCAGAGUAGCUCCAUGUCAUCACAAUAUUGCAUUAUCAUCCGAUUUACAUAUUUAUAUGUGUGCAAAAUUUCAACUCAAUCGGAAAUGGAGAAGUGGGUCGAAUUUAGCUUCCAAAAUUUGACCCUCACUAACAUACAUACUAACAGGGUGAGUUAAAUAAAAGCUUGUAAAAAAUAAAUUUUAUUUUAUUUUAUAAAAGAAAGGAAAAGUAAAUAGUUAAAUCAAAAUACGUACCUACCUGAUAUCCGACCUCCUGUCAAGGUCUCAUUUUGGCAGCUCGUCGCAUUCGGCAGUGGGGUGCGCGCGACCAUGGCUCGGAGCCGUUCAUUCGCUCGGUGGCCGCGUAGCCGUGAACUUGGCUCCCUGGCCCUGGGCUUAUCGGCGGCGCCGGCGGCCUAUAAUAGCCGGGCUGGCGACUCCCCCCGGUCCCAGAGCCGCCCGAGCCUCCGCCGUCAUGCUCCGUGCCUUGUGUUGCCUCGCCGUCAUCGCCGCAGCCUCCGCCUGCAAGCCCUGCACGUGCGGGGUGGCACGCGGUGCGCGCGUCAUCGGAGGCGGGCCCGCGGCUCCGGGAGAGUUCCCGUGGCUGGCUGCGCUGCGCAAGGAUGGCAAGUUCAUCUGCGGGGCCACCGUCGUCGCCGCCGACCACCUGUUGACCGCGUCGCACUGUGUGCAGGGGGUUGAAGCGUCCCGGCUAAACGUGCUUGUGGGAGAGUACGACGUAAACGAGUCGCAGUCAGAAGGUUUUCGCGUGGCGCACGUACUCCAGCACCCCGACUUCAACGGCUACACUUACGACAACGACAUCGCCGUGCUCCGCUUAUCGGAGCCACUGCCGGACCACCUCUUCCGACCAGCCUGCUUGCCCGAAGACGGAGAUCUCCUCAUUGGUGCCGAUGCCGUCGUAUCUGGAUGGGGAAGCACAGAAGAAAAAGGACCUACAUCUAACAUACCCAUGAAAGUGGAAGUAAAGAUCUGGGAACAAGAAGAGUGCUCGACGGCAGGGUACGGUCGGCGUAAGGUGACCCCGCGCAUGCUGUGCGCCAACGCGCCCGAGCGGGACUCGUGCACCGGCGACUCGGGCGGGCCGCUAGUGCUGCCGCGCCCGCACCACACCCUAGUCGGCAUCGUGUCGUGGGGGCGCGGCUGCGCGCGACCGGGGUACCCCGGCGUGUACACGCGCGUCACCCGCUUUUUGCCGUGGCUCAAGGUCGCGCUGCGCCACGCCUGCUCAUGCUCGGCGCCGCACUUCUGAACCCAUAAGGUUUGCACAACAGACAUCAUUUCAACGAUGGCGACCGUAGAACUGUGCAAGCGACUACACUGGACGCUAAUACAAAACUGUGAUCAACUGAUCAUCGAGCAUUGGUCACUGAAUUGUUUAGUUAAAGUAACUCACAAGAGGCUGCGGCUGCUCACGACUAGAAUAUCUAGGCGUAUAUUAACAACACACUUAUCUGACCAUUGAUAACUAAACCUUUUCUCGUGUCUGUGUGAACCAUACAAACCUCAUUUUAUUGACCAAUGGAAUUAGUGAAUUUAUUAAUACCUAUAUACUUUUGCACCGAAAGGCGAGAAGUCUGGCCAGCUAGCUGCGUCGGUAGCAAUGUGAGGCUACAUUUCCAAAUAGGCUCAGACCUGGCGAGUUCCAUAUUCUGUCUUAUUGUCUCAUCUCAGCGCGCUGGGUUCGACCCUAUAUGGGAAUGCCAUGAAUGAGGAAUACAAAGACACCACGUUACUAAGACGGAGCUGUGGCGCAGAUCACGCAGAUUUCGCAGGCACAUGACUCAUUUAUCGGGGUUGAGCCAAUGACCGCCUGGCCUUCGAGCUGUCAACGUGUGUGCGCGGGAAAAAUCGGCGUGUUAUGGAGUCACAGUUUUGUAUUAACGUAGUUAACCGUUAUUGUAGGUUCAUGGUAAAAGCAGCCUAAAGAAAAUCAGGCUAUGCUAACCGUCAAUAUACUAACUUCCACAUGACGGCUCUGUCAAUAAGGGUCACUCGCACCAAUCACUAACCCGUGGUUAACUGGUUAUACCUAGAGUUACCAUGUUUACCAUUACCAGUACAAUUUGACACUGGGUUAACGGUUUAACCGGUUAACUCCGGGUUAGUGAAAUGGCGCAAGUGGCCCUAAGGGUCACUUGCAACAAUCCUGGGUUAGCCACUAAAUCAGAGUUAACCGUUAACUGGUAACUCCAGGUUUAACCGGUUAACCCCGAGUUAGAGGCCAACCCUGGAUGGCCCAAAUAGUGCUGUUAUAUUUACAAAUGGCAUUGUUUUGUUAACUAAGUUUUAUCUAAAGCUAGUUUGUUGUUUAUUAAGUAAGACUUUACAAUUUUAAUACUUACUUACCUAAUGUUACCAAUUGAACACUUUAGGUAGGAAAUGAUUGUAACCUACCUAUAUUUAACUAUGUUAUAGUUAAUUAUUCUAUUUAACCGUAUGAUUCUUUGUGCUGAACAUGCAAAUGCCGCGUAAACGCGUAAGUAUGUCAGUAUUCACACUCAGUUUUAAUUUAAUUCCAGUGAGUAUCAUGUAAUAUUAUUGAAUAUUUAUUAAGCGUUUUAUGUUUUAUUGUUAAGUAUUUGGCUGUGAUUACAUCUUUAAGUUGCAUAGAUUAAGUAGACUAAAUAAGAAUUCAAUAAAAAUAGUUAUAUUAAUAUAAAUGUAACUUGCGUCGAUCCAGUGAAGUGCACUAGUCUAUUUCAAGUUAACUACGGUCGAGUGUAUGGGACGCGGUUUUCCACUGAACGUGAUAUAUAUUUUGACGUUUGCUCCCUCUGAAGCCUACUGCGUCCUUGUUGCGACUUGCUCAGGCACAAAAUAUGUAAUAAUCAUAUAAUAUAUUUACAUACCUUAUGUUACUUGAUGUAAAUAUUCUAGAUUGUUUUUUUUUUGUUGAAAAUUUAUAACAUCAGACCAGUGAUAUGAGGUUUGGCCUUGGAAUACUAUAUGUAGCUUAUUUAAAAUGAAAAAGUAAUAAUAAUAAAAUGUAUUUAGCUGUU